GGGGACGCGGGGCGGCGGGCGUGUCCGAAGUCGCGCGCGGCUGGCGCGCGGUCCCGAGUGAAAGGAGAAGGAGGGGCACUGGGGGUGACGGUGCGGAGCCGCUGCCAGCGCUGGGCGAGAGUCGGCGGCCGGAUCCGAGGAGCAGGCGGGCCUGAGGCCGAGUCAGCUGCGCGGGCCCCCGACUCCCCCGACAGAGCGCCGGCGGUGUCUGGCCAGGCGGUAGGCGCUGCCUGGCCGCGGCGGGGAAGAUGUUCAGCGUAGAGUCGCUGGAGCGGGCGGAGCUGUGCGAGAGCCUCCUCACUUGGAUCCAGACAUUUAAUGUGGAUGCACCAUGCCAGACCGUGGAAGAUUUAACGAAUGGGGUUGUGAUGGCCCAGGUUCUUCAAAAGAUAGAUCCUGCAUAUUUUGAUGAAAAUUGGCUAAACAGAAUCAAAACUGAAGUAGGAGAUAAUUGGAGGCUAAAGAUAAGCAAUUUAAAGAAAAUUUUAAAAGGAAUCUUGGAUUAUAAUCAUGAGAUUUUAGGACAGCAAAUUAAUGACUUUACCCUUCCUGAUGUGAACCUUAUUGGGGAGCAUUCUGAUGCAGCAGAGCUUGGAAGGAUGCUUCAGCUCAUCUUAGGCUGUGCUGUGAACUGUGAACAGAAGCAAGAGUACAUCCAAGCCAUUAUGAUGAUGGAGGAAUCUGUUCAACAUGUUGUCAUGACAGCCAUUCAAGAGCUGAUGAGUAAAGAAUCUCCUGUCUCUGCUGGAAAUGAUGCCUAUGUUGACCUUGAUCGUCAGCUGAAGAAAACUACAGAGGAACUAAAUGAAGCUUUGUCAGCAAAGGAAGAAAUUUCUCAAAGAUGCCAUGAAUUGGAUAUGCAGGUUGCAGCAUUGCAGGAAGAGAAAAGUAGUUUGUUGGCAGAGAAUCAGGUAUUAAUGGAAAGACUCAAUCAAUCUGAUUCUAUAGAAGACCCUAACAGUCCAGCAGGAAGAAGGCAUUUGCAGCUCCAGACUCAAUUAGAACAGCUCCAAGAAGAAACAUUCAGACUAGAAGCAGCCAAAGAUGAUUAUCGAAUACGUUGUGAAGAGUUAGAAAAGGAGAUCUCUGAACUUCGGCAACAGAAUGAUGAACUGACCACUUUGGCAGAUGAAGCUCAGUCUCUGAAAGAUGAGAUCGACGUGCUGAGACAUUCUUCUGAUAAAGUAUCUAAACUAGAAGGUCAAGUAGAAUCUUAUAAAAAGAAGCUAGAAGACCUUGGUGAUUUAAGGCGGCAGGUUAAACUCUUAGAAGAGAAGAAUACCAUGUAUAUGCAGAAUACUGUCAGUCUAGAGGAAGAGUUAAGAAAGGCCAACGCAGCGCGAAGUCAACUUGAAACCUACAAGAGACAGGUAGUAGAACUACAAAAUAGAUUAUCCGAAGAAUCAAAGAAAGCAGAUAAACUAGAUUUUGAAUAUAAGCGGCUAAAAGAAAAAGUUGACAGUCUUCAAAAAGAAAAGGACAGGCUGAGAACAGAAAGGGAUUCUCUGAAGGAAACCAUUGAAGAGCUUCGUUGUGUACAAGCUCAAGAAGGGCAGCUCACAACACAAGGGUUAAUGCCUCUUGGAAGUCAGGAGUCUUCAGACAGUCUAGCUGCAGAGAUUGUUACACCUGAAAUCAGGGAGAAACUUAUUCGUCUUCAGCAUGAGAAUAAGAUGUUAAAGCUUAACCAAGAAGGUUCGGACAAUGAAAAAAUAGCCUUAUUGCAGAGCCUUCUAGAUGAUGCAAAUCUACGCAAGAAUGAACUGGAGACAGAGAAUAGGCUGGUGAAUCAAAGACUUCUGGAAGUACAGUCACAAGUUGAAGAAUUACAAAAAUCUUUACAGGAUCAAGGCUCAAAAGCAGAAGAUUCAGUCCUUCUAAAAAAGAAGCUUGAAGAACAUCUAGAGAAGCUGCAUGAGGCCAAUAAUGAACUACAGAAGAAGAGAGCCAUUAUUGAAGAUCUCGAGCCAAGAUUUAACAACAGCUCCUUAAAAAUUGAAGAAUUACAAGAAGCUUUACGAAAGAAAGAGGAAGAAAUGAAGCAAAUGGAAGAACGAUACAAAAAAUACUUAGAGAAAGCCAAAAGUGUCAUCCGUACUUUAGAUCCUAAACAGAAUCAAGGAGCAGCACCAGAAAUACAAGCUCUUAAAAAUCAGCUCCAGGAACGAGACCGACUGUUCCACUCAUUAGAGAAAGAAUAUGAGAAAACAAAGAGUCAGAGAGAGAUGGAAGAGAAAUAUAUUGUUAGUGCCUGGUACAAUAUGGGAAUGACCCUGCAUAAAAAGGCAGCUGAAGAUAGACUGGCAAGCACAGGCUCAGGGCAGUCAUUUCUGGCGAGGCAGAGGCAAGCAACCAGCAGCAGAAGAUCAUACCCAGGCCACGUGCAGCCGGCCACAGCAAGGUAGAGAAGUCGUGCCGCUCAAUUACAGACACCUGCACCCACAACAUACUUCUGUUACACACAAGAACAUUUCAGGAAACUCAGCCAGCUUAUUUUUUGUUUCUCUUCUGUGUCAAUACUUAGUGUUUCUCAUUUUGAGGACUUUUUCUCUCUCCUGUAUCUUUGUUUUAGUUUCUUUGGUUUUUAUUUUGUAGUCCUUUCAGUUAUUUUUAAUGUGCCAAAAAUUUGUACAUGUUCAAUUAAAAAUGUUGUAUAAUAGUGUAAUACUUUUCUUUGUAUGAAAAUGUCCUCUUCUUCAAAGGUAUAGGCUUUGUAAUGAAUUAGAUUUUCUGCCAAUAAUUGAUAUACAAUUUAUAUUCUUUAUUGUGCCUGUGUGUUACCAUGCUUUCUAAGAAUGUCUUUGUUUAAAGGGAAUUAAUCUUUUUAUGAUGUAUUAAUCUGUGUUUUCAAUUGUUUUCCAAGUACAGUUCAAAUAACUUGCAUAUUUACUAUACAAAAUGGUUGACAAGUGUUCUUUUUGCAAAGACGUGAAUACAUUGGCAGAGGUGCUAAUCACAUCUUCCCUAAGGCACCUAGUAGAAUUAUUUGAGGAAAAAAUGAGUUUUCACAUUGUUUUAUAGGAAAUUAAAUUUGUCCAAAGAUUUGGAGACUAUUUUUAAAACAUAAAUACAUAAAAUUUCAUUAUUUCCUGCUGUCUUGUUUGCUGGCAGAAGUGAAUGUUUGGUGAGGUUAUUUUGGGAUAAAUUACAAAAGAAAAAAAAUUAGGCACUGCAUUAAUUUCUUGUUCUUUUGGAAUAUCUUAGUAACUGAGGAUCAUUUUCUAACAAUGUGGUUGACAUACCUUCAGUUGCUUUCCACAUCUAAAAGAGUUAUCUUUCAUAUAUGUACAAGUUAUUGGUAGUCUUAUUUUUGGGCUGUUUGUUGACUUAUGCCCCGUUUGUUUUACUUGUUCUUUAAUAUAAAACCUUCCAUUUUUUAACAAUUUCUAACACUUGACAUCUUAAUAUCAGUCACUAACAUUAGUAACUUCUUGUAUGUUAUAUUAUGGCAGAUCUCUUUACGUUUUUUCUCACAUCUAUCUGCUAGUCCAGGAAUUUGUUACUAAAUAGAUUUUCUUGGAUAUUUGGUUGCCUCAAAGUGCUUACAUUUGUUAACAGAUUGUAAACCACAUUUAUUUACAUUGAUGAAUGGGCUGUCGAGUAAUCAUUGUAAAGCACUUUGUAUAUAUAAGGUGCUAUAUAAGUGCGAAAUAUCAUUCAUUUAUAAAUGAAAUGCCUUCUAACUUUCCAUAUUGACUUAUGUAUUUGGUCCCAAAUUAUAUUUAAGUCUUUUUUCUUGCAACGUAGCCCAUUUUUUGAAAGCAAAACAUUUCUGGAAUUAGGUCAUGGUUUUUUUGUUUAUUUUUAGGUUAGGUCACUUAAUAUAGGAGGAUGUUUUCUCAUGUACUUGCUAUUUGCAAGUUCAGGUUUCAUUUAGUUCUUUAUGUUAAAUACGAAUAAGUAACCUCAAAUCAAGCUAAAUGUAAUUAAGAAUUUUCAGCAACUGUAUUCAAGUGUUUGAUUUUUAAAUUCUUUCUUUCUUUUUAAUAAGAAAGAUGACCUAAAAAUCAGUAGUAUUUGUUUGUCCUCAGAAGCCGUAGUUGAAGAAAGAUAUUAGAGUAUACACAGAACUGGAGCCAUACAUUGUGCUAAUUUUUUACAUUAAGUACAGAAGUCUGAGCACAGCAUGAAUGCUUCUGCCUGACAAGACCACAAAGCAGCAAAAGUUAGGGAUAAAUGGAGAUAGCCAUGAGUAGAACUGCUGUAGGGCUUCAGGAGGCUAAGCAGACCUGAUCAACUGCAAAGUUUCCAAAGUAAAAGAUUAAAAACUUUCAGACGGUUCUUACCUCUACCCGUGUUUCACAAAUAGCCUGAGGAUCCAACUAUUUUUAAAGCAAAUUGGGGCCAGACGUGGUGCCUCACGCCUGCAAGCCCACCAUUUGGGAGACCUAGGUGGGGGUGGAUCACUUGAGGUCAGGAGUUUGAGACCAGGGUGGCCAACAUGGGGAAACCCCAUCUCUACUAAAUUACAAAAAUUAGCUGGGCAUGGUGGCAUGUGGCUGUAAUCCUAGCUACUUGGGAGGCUGAGGCAGGAGAGUCACUUGAACUCAGGAGCCAGAGACUGCAGUGAGCUGAGAUCGCACCACUGCAUUCCAGCCUGGGCGACAGAGUGAGACUCUGUCUCAAUCAGUCAAUCAAUCAAUCAAUCAAAUUGGAAUAUGAGCACUAACCUUGGUAAGUUAAAAUUUUGGGAAAAUUGUACCUGCAGAAUAUGAUGGAUGAAAACAAGAGCCAGGUGCAGUGGCUCACGCGUAUAAUCCCAGCACUUUGGGAGGCUGAGACAGGCACAUCACCUGAGGUCAGGACUUCCAGACCAGCCUGUCCAACAUGGUGAAACUCCGUCUCUACUAAAAAUACAAACAAUUAGCCAGGCAUGGUGGUGUGUGCCUGUAGUCCCAGAUACUUGGGAGGGUGAGGCAGGAGAAUUGCUUGAACCUGGGAGACAGAGGUUGCAGUGAGCCGAGAUGGCGCCAUUGCACCCCUGCCUGGCGACAAGAGCGAAACUCCGACGCAAGGAAGAAAAAAAAAAACAGUCUGUGAACUACUCACUGAAUGAGUUUUGUUCUGUGAGAUGAGAGGUUUUCAUUUUCAUUUUCUAUUUACAGCCUCAGUCCUAAUCUCCUACCCAUCCACCUACCCAGAUAUUUUUUCUCUAUCUGGGUUGGAAAGGCGCCAGGCUUUUAGAGGGGAGUUUUACUUCUGACUUUUUUUUUCCCCCGAGACAGAGCCUCGUUCCGUCACCCAGGCUGUAGUGCCGUGGCACGAUCUCGGCUCACUGCAGCCUCUGCCUCCCGGGUUCAAGCAAUUCUCCUGCCUCAGCCUCCGGAGUAGCUGGGAUUACAGGUGCCCACCACCAUGGCUGGCUAAUUUUUGUAAUUUAGUAGAGAUGGUGUUUCACCAUGUUGGCCAAGCUGGUCUCAAACUCCUGACCUCGUGAUCUACCCACCUCGGCCUCCCAAAGUGCUGAGAUGACAGGCAUGAGCCACCGCACCCAGUCGUACUUCUGACUUUUCUUCAGCAUCUGUUGUAUGCUAUUAUUUUGAUGUUUACAUUUAUAAUUUUCUUUUUCUUUUUUUUUUUUUUUGUGAGAUGAUGUCUCGCUCUGUCACCCAGGCUGGAGUGCAGUGGCGCGAUCUCGGCUCACUGCAAGCUCCGCCUCCCGGGUUCACGCCAUUCUCCUGCCUCAGCCUCCUGAGUAGCGAGGACUACAGGCGCCCGCCACUACGCCCGGCUAAUUUUUUGUAUUUUUUAGUAGAGACGGGGUUUCACCAUGUUAGCCAGGAUGGUCUCGAUCUCCUGACCUCGUGAUCCACCCGCCUCAGCCUCCCAGAGUGCUGGGAUUACAGGCGUGAGCCACUGCGCCCGGCCUACAUUUAUAAUUUUCAUUCUCCUUUACUGUACCUAUAAAAUUCAGUAUAUUAGUUUCAUUACAUAGGAGAAAUUAUAUUUCUAAACAUUUUAUGAUGUUUAAAAACAAAACAGGCUGUUGUAAAAAAACAAAACAAAACAAAAAAAAAACUUCUGAAUAUACUUUAGGUAUCAGAAAGCCAAGAAUAAAAUUUAGCUCUAACGGUGGCAACUCCAUGUCCGGUGUCCAGCUUUGGACAGGGUUUAUGACGUUUCUGUUUCUCUAGUAAUGAUUAAUGAUUCCUCAGGAGAUUCGUGAUGUUGUAUGGUCUAUCUGGAAAUUUAAAGUCACUAGGAGCUUUGCCUCAUCGUGAGUGAUGCUGUGCUGUAUUUUUACAAACUCUCGCAUACAGCAUCUUCCUGGGGCCACGUUGGCUUGUGCAGUGGAGCUUGUCCAGGCACCAGCAUGGAGCAAGUACAGGGUUGCUGUGUGGGGUUGGAGCACGCUGUCACCACAGUGUCUGAAGUCUUAUAAACAGGAAGAUCAUUUUCUGUUUUCCUUCUAACCAGGGUGAGAAAAUACAAAGUAAAGAACUAAAGAAUAUUAAAACCUAGCAUUUAUGUUCCACAGUGUGUAUUUCAGAAGUUUGUAAUCCAGAAAAUAUAGUAGUGUAUAAUAUCUGAAAAGAGAAUCAAGUAUACAAUUGUACAUAUUUUUAAAGAACUUUGAAAAACUCCGUCAUAUCUUUUACCAUUUGUCUAUUCGAUAGUAAUGCAGAAAAAGAAGUCCCUAAAGACCCCGUGUUCCAAAAUUUACCAAGAUUGACAUUUCUAUUAGAUAUCCUUAACCUAAGUGUUUUAAUUAGAUUAUUAGACUAUAAUAAGGAUGAAAUUGCUGUCUGUGAUUUUGUUGAGGUUUUAUUGUUAAUAUAAUAAUUAAAAAAUUAUUUAUUAAUUUUUUAUUAAUUAAUAAAUUAAUAAAUAAUUAAUUAAUUAUUUAUUAAUCUCUCCUUCCUUCCUUCCUUCCCUUCUUUUCUUUUUUCUUUUCUUUUCUCCUUCCUUUCUUCCUUCCCUUCCCUUCCCCUCCCCUCCCCCAGGCUGGAGUGCAGAGGCACGAUCCUGGCUGACUGCAAACUCUGCCUACCAGGUUCAAGCGAUUCUCCUGCCUCAUCCUCCCUAGUAGCUGGGAUUACAGGCAUCUGCCACCACGCCCAGCUAAUUUUUGUAUUUUUACAAAAUACAAAGAGACGCGGUUUCACCAUAUUGGCCAGGCUGGUCUCUAACUCCUGACCUCAGGUGAUCCAUCCACCUUGGCCUCCCAAAGUGCUGGGAUUACAGGCGUGCGUUACUGCCCCAGCCUCCUAUUUCCUUUUCGAAAGUAGCAGUUUGGUUUAUUCUCGUUUGCUGAGUAAUUGUUUGAAAUAUUUUUCAGCCUCUCCUGCUCCCUCACAAAAAUUCACCUGUUGUUUUAAUGAUAACAGCAUGUUAAAAACUUGGAAGUCUUUAUCCCAAUAUAAGAAUUAUCUUGAAACAAAAAUCUAAAUUACUUUUAAAAAUUCUCUUAACUCUGCAUUUAGUCUCCUAUUAUCUAGAUCUCUGAGUCCAGGAUAACUCCAGUUAUCCCCAGCUGGAUCAUGUGUGAUUUAUCUGAGAAAGCAUCCACAACCCACAGCUAGUGGAAACCGAGCUAGUUUACAGCUACGUGGAUAAGAACAUCUUUGUUUCUAAAGUGAGAGGAAAGUGCUUGGUAUCUUGCUUUUUGCUGAGGGCAAAAUAACAACAUGAAGACAAAGUGCUUUUUGUUGUCUAUUCAUGAAACUGUAGAAGAAUAUUUUGAGUUUUUAUUCUUAUAUUAUGAAGGGAUUCUUUGCCUAGCAGUGGCCGUCAAACUGAUGUAGCAUUGUACUUCUUAACAGUGAAGCCUGUGUAAUACCAUACAGUAGGAUGAAAGACUAUUCUGAGCAAAAUAAAAUGGGAUGUCAGAAUCUUUGAAAAUUAUUUUAUCAUUUUUUCUAUUUUUUCAUUUUUAUAAAUUAGAAGGAUUUUCCAUUCAAUAAGGAUAAUCUCUCUUCCUAUCAUUCUGUCAAAAUGGCAGUUUCUUUUGGUAAUUAUCCCACCUAGUUUCAUUACAUUUAGAAGGAGGUUUCAGAGCUUAUUCUUGAUAACUAUAAUAAUGAUUUGAAUGUUUUAUAUCAUGAAGUUUUUUCUAUGAGGAAAGCUAUUCUCAAUGUAUCUGUCAUCUAAUUUUUUAUUUUCUAUCUAUAAAGAAUAUUUAAAUAAUAAUUGGUGUAUGUUCCUUUUGUUGAAAAUGUUUUAUUGUCCAGUUUUAGCACAGAAGUGGUCUAAAGUUUUGCAGCAAACGCUGUUCAGUUCCCAGAAGCCUAAAAAAUAUAACAUAAUAUGCUAACAGAGCUAAUUUCCACCCAAUCCCUCAAAUUACCGAAGUAUUAAUAUUUAGCUUCCUUUCUAGAAAACAAGGGGCAGCACAAAUGGGGUGGCAUCCAUCUCUUUUAAAUCACUGAUGAUUUUCUGGGGAAGUAUGUAUAGAUGAUUUUAUUUUUUAAAUAGCCUUUUAUCAAACCAUUUCACAUGUAUUAUCUAUAUGACUAUAGAAACUUAUAAAACAUAUUUAAUUCAUGUUAACUUAAAACAUGAGCAUCCUUGGAUUCUCCACAUUGACUGAAAUGAUAGAGAAAGGGACAUUUGUUUGAGAAACAAGAGACCUGAACCUAAUUAUGGCAAGUAUAUGAGUUUUGAUGAUUGUGGGGGGUUAUAAAUGUUUUCCUAUGAUAGAUAAAUAUAUAGAUAUAGAUCAGGAAUUACUUGAUGUCUCUUCAGAAGUUUUCUGUUUUCUUAUAAUUUCCAGUAAUACUCUGUAAGACUCGGUUUGCAUGCUGUGUGUGUUUGCAUGAGUAUAGAAACCUAAGAACGUAAUGGAAGGCUAUUAAGGCAAAUUCAUUCCUAGAAAGUGGAGUGGAUCAUUGGGAUAAGAAAUAGCCUAAUUAUAAACAAAUAUGCAGGCAAAGGGAAGUCCUAAUACAAUGAAAACUUGCAUUAUCUAAACAGAUGUUCCCAAAGCAAUAGUUUGCCUAAAAUCCUCUGUAUUACAUGAUUAUUCAGUAAAAGAGUAAACAAAUAUCUAAUUUAUUUUCUAAUUGUCCUUCCCUUCAUUGAGUAUUAACUAGGUGCAUAAUGUAGUUGUAUAUGUUUAUUAGUAAAGGGAAAAACACUUAUUUUCAUUUUGAGACUGUUUGGCUAUUACUAAAGCUGAGAAAGUGAUUUUAGGUCGCCAAGGAUACUAUGAUUUGAUGAGAUGAGAAGAAAUCUGCGGUGGCUGAAGAUCGUGACCAACUUGGUGUUAUCUAGAUCUGCCUUAUCUAGUUUGCAAGCCAUAGGCUCAAUUUUAUGUCCUUCUUACUUACACACGGUAGCCCCACACAGUUUUGUUUUAAAUGAAGGCAAAAGUAGACAUUUUUAAAGUAUAUUCAACAUUGUGCCAUUAUUUACCUGAUAAAGGUGAAAUCAGAGGUGUCCACGGCCUCAAAGUUUGGGCCCAUGGGACUAUCAAAUCUGAAUUAUAUCUACUUAGAGCUUAGAGGAAGAAUCAGGUAUCAUGAGAAAAGCAACUCCUACUUGAGAGAAAGAAGACUACCAAAGCAUGUUGAGGCUUUAACAUGGGAGACUUCCAGGUAGGCGUUAUCACUUGAGUGGUAACUAGCUUGAUGAAGGAAAAUAAUUACUUUAGCAGUUAUGUUGUAAAAUUAAUAAAAAGGACUCAUGUUUAUUCUGGUGUAUUUGUCAACCCAAUCACGGAGUGAUUACUCCGUGUACAUUCUAUAGUGUGUGUAUUUUAUUUAGUGUUUUAAUAUAUAGUCUUUAUAUAGUAUCAAUAUUAUUUACUGUUACUUCUAGUCAUUUAUGUAGUAUAUUUUACUGCAAAAUUUGUAGCACUUUACUAAUAUUAGAUCAUUAUUUUCCCUCUUCCCCUCUACCUUUCUGGCAUUUUCUGUUAUCUUAAAGUCAGAAAUCUAAAGGUCUAAGUCUAGAAAUCUGUUGGAAGCUGGGUUGGAGCUACUGGGUAUGAGUUACUUUUUACAUGUCUCCUUAAGAAGACUCUUUUAUAAUGUAAUUCUUAGAAGCCAAAUCCUUUCAAACGCAAACACCCUUGAAACUUGAUGCUUUCUGAAGUUGUAUUCAUAAAAAUUAUCCCAUCUUACAGUUAAUUAGAAGAUGUUCUUACCUUUGGUUUGCCUGCCUCCUGAAACACAAACCUGCAGAUUGCCCCUAACUUCAGCAGUGCCUCCGUCACUGCAUGUACCUAAAAGACAGGAAAGCCGAGUUCUGGGAGCUGUCAAGUCGGAGGAUCAGGAAAAUGGUGGGGAAGAGGUGACUGGAAAGGCAGGCACUAAAGAUGGCAGGCUGCAAAAGCAUUCUGAGUUCCCCUGUAACAGAUAGGUUUUAUGAACUCGGCUGUUUUCUUUUUUCUUUUCUUUUCUUUUGAGAUGGAGUCUCACUCUGAGUCUCACUCUGUUGCCCAGGCUGGAGUGCAGUGGCACAAUCUCAGCUCACUGCAGCCUCCACCUCCCGGUUUCAAGUGAUUCUCCCACCUCAGCCUCCCGAGUAGUUAGGAUUACAGGUGCCCACCACCACGCCCAACUAAUUUUUGUAUUUUUAGUAAAGACAGGGUUUCGCCAUAUUGGCUAGGCUGGUUUUGAACUCCUGACCUCAGGUAAUCCACCCGCCUCGGCCUCCCAAAGUGCUGGGAUUGUAGGCGUGAGCCACCAUGCCCAGUGAACUUGGCCAUUUUCUUACAUUCAUAUAUAGCAAAGUUUUCAACUUGUCUACCGAGAGACUUUCUUUAGGAGCCAGGACUUCUACAUUUGUAACUUGAGUAUAUUAAUAUUCAAAUCAUAGUUCAAAAAUACUGAAAUACUUGUUUAUUUUGUUACAUAAAUAUGGACACAAUUACUGCCAAAGAAUAGAGAGAUUUGCUUAUGAGAACACUCUGUCAUUUGUUUUGUUCUGUUUGUAGAUGAGAGACAUGCUUUUAAAGUACAAAACGUUUCUCUUCUACCUUACCCCCUGUUCUACUGACGUGCUUUGCAUAAGAAGCUCAUCUAGAAGAGAGCAACGCUGGAAUAGAGAAGUCUAGACCCUGGCCUUUGAGGGAAAGGACUGCUUUUUUUCUCUCCCAAAUUAAAAAAUUAAAAGUGAAACAUAACACAUAAGGACGAAAUACAAUGUUCUGAAUAUCUUCCACUAAUUAAUUGUUGAAUGAUUAAGUCUCUAAGUAUCUUAACUUCCAUUGUCUUCUUGUUAACCUAGACAAGAGUAGAUUAUUCAGUAGCCACAUGUGACAGUUAAAAUUAAGUAAAAUUAAAACUAUAGUUUCUCAGUGGCCUAGCCACAUUUCAAGUGUUCCACAGUCACAUGUGGAUAGUGGUUACCUAUCAGACAGUACAGGUAUAGAACAUUUCCAGUAUUGCCGAAAAUGCUAUUAAACAGCACUUUUAUUGCCCAGAGAGAAAAUAAGGACAAAAUAAAGGCAGUGAAGUAACUUAAGACAACUCUGAGAUUUUACCACCAUACUUAGAGAAAGUUUUUCUCUAAUAAAAAUUAAUACUAAUCCUUUUUAAAGACCUUGGAAAAAAUCAAAACCCCAUUCCUUUAAGCUAGUCUUCAGUAUAUAUUUUUCUAAGAACAGAUUCUCAAUACUUUAUUUUUCAAGUGAUAAAAUCAUUUUAUAAAUCAUUUCUUAAUAUCUUCAGUGUUUUUUCCCUUUUUAUGUAAACUCUUUUAAAAUUGAUAUUAGCUGGGCAUGGUAGCUCAUGCCUAUAGUCCCAGCUACUCCAGAGGUCAAGGCAGGAGCAUCGCUUAAGCCCAGGAGGUUCAGGCUGCAGUAAGGUCUGAUCACACCUGACUGCACUCCAGCCUGGGUGGCAAAGCAAGACCCCUGUCUCUAAAAAAAAUAUAAUAUAAAUUGAUGUUAUAUAGUUAACAUUUAUCAGGCAAAUUCAUAUGAAUGCUUAUUUCAAAUAAAGAUUGAUAGACUUAAUGAUAUCCUUCCUUUUAAAUUUAUAUAGAUCUAAUGAACAUUGCCAACAGUUUUUUUUUUUGUUUCUGUCCCUUAAACAUUUCCCCUGAAAGUCCACCUCAAAGGUACAUCAAGAUGCAAACAAUUUUUUUAUCUUCAUAACUUCCUGCUCUUAUUAACUUGUAUUAUGAAUCAAAUUAGGUUUUAUGUAUAAGGCAUUUACUAUUCCAGUGACUUAGCUAAUGAAAACAUUUAAAAGUAUGUAUUAAUUUACUUGGCCUGCUACUAAAGUGCUUAACAUAACUAAAUGGAUCUGUAGUAACAUGUCUAAAUUUUUUAAUGGAAAUAAGGGACUAACCAUAAUCCUUUUGAGUCAGCUUGGUGCUUAGAAUUAUUUUGUUAGGCAGUCUUGAUGCUUUCUUCUUUCUCUUUAAAUUUUUGUAAUCAAGCAACAGACUUGAUCCAGCAGUGUCGAAUUCCAAGCAAGUUAUGAUGAAAUUCUUAUUGUAGUUCAAGUACAGAUGGGUAAGUGGUGUGACUUCAGUUUAUUAUCUUCUUGGUGACCUACUUUAGUAUGUGUUCUGUAGCGAUUCAUAUUAGUUAAGGGACGUUUUCAAUAUGCUUGAAAUAAGAAAUAGCAUUUUACUCUAAAUACAAGUAAUGACUGUACACAAAUGCCAAUCAGUGAUUUGGGGCCUUUUAAUGUCUUUAACAGCAAUCUUUUAUUUAUUUAUUUUUUUUUUUUUUUUUGAGACGGAGGCUUGCUCUGUCACCAGGCUGGAGCAGUGGCACGAUCUCGCCUCACUGCAACCUCCGCCUCCCGGGUUCAAGCUAUUCUCCUGCCUCAGCCUCCCAAGUAACUGGGACUGCAGGCACAUGCCACCACAUCCAGCUAAUUUUUGUAUUUUUAGUAGAGACGGGGUUUCACCUUGUUGGCCAGGAUGAUCUCGAUCUCUUGAUCUCGUGAUCUGCCCACAUUGGCCUCCCGAAGUGCUGGGAUUACAGGCAUGAGCCACUGCGCCCGGCCCAAAUCUUUUAUUUUUUAACAGCCUUAGUUAUUUAUAAUUCAAAUGCACUAAAAUAUCAUCGCUGUCAUGAACUUUGCUGUUUACAGGUUCUGUGUAAUUCAGAAUGCUUUGUACUUAGAAAAUAAUUUCUAGGCUUAUCUCGUUUUGCAGUUUUCAUGUUUUGACAAUUGCCCACCAUUUACAACACUCAAUUUUUGAUUAUGAAAUGAAUAGUAAAAUUCAAACAUAUCUAAUAAUAAUUUGCCUUAGUUUGAUUAAUAAAUUAUAUCAAAAAACUUGGGGAUAGAAAGAGGCUUUUUUUUCCCCUGUAGUAUUUUUAAAACUUUUUAGAUGAGCUGGAUGAAACCUUAGUACAUUGGAGCUGGAGUUGUAUUGAGUACAGCCCCAACUCUGAAGCCUUAUAUUCAUGUCUUAAGUACUAUUGAUUGUUCUGUGAAUUGUUGUUAGUUUCAUAUUUGACAUUGUAGUAAUCCACCUUGCAUUUUAGUCUUUGCAAAAAGGAUAUUGCUAGGUAUAUUCUUAUUUCUGAUUGAGUAUUGAAUUUACAUUUUUCACAAUUUCAUUCUUUGUCAUUAUAAUCCAAAAACAAUGUCCACAUCGGACUUGGAACUUCUCACUUCAGAAAUGAAAUACAGAUUUAGCACUGUUGUACAUAAUGAUGUCCAAGCAUUUUUCCACCUGUUUACUGAGUUUUCCAACCAUUUACUAUGUGUUGAGAUUGGUGGGUUUUCUGGCUGUUUUUCUGAGGUGAAUGACUUGUUAAAGAGCCUCAGUAAGAAAUUUCAACUGAAAUCACAAAAACAUAAAGUCCAGGAAACCACCAGAAGAUGGAUUUUUAGUGUUUUUGAAAUCUUGUAUUUCCUUUUGAUAUCAUUUACUCAUUUUAAUUUUACGACUGCCAACUUGUUACGGUAUUAAUUAUAUGUAUGUGUUUAUAUGUAUGCAUAUAAUAUAUGUAUAUGUAUAUGAAGAAUAAAGUUAAGAUUUGGUCAAACUAUAUUUUCCCAUUCAAGUACAAAAAUGUUUUCAAGGCUGCAAAAAGUGUACAGUUGUUAAACAAGUUGUAAAUAAAGACUUGUAUAAAAAUUCA